CCCAUGUGCGCAGGCGCGCCAAGAUGGCGGCGGCAAGGUGCUGGGCGCGUUUGGUGUCGGUGACCUGGGGCUCGGCGGCCGGCUCAUCGCUGCUGGACGCCGGGACCUGGCCCAUCCUCGGCUCCCGGGGGCUAGCAACCACCUUGGUGAAGGGUCGUGGACUGCUGUCGACCGGCGGGCUAGGCCUGAGGCCCGGGCUGGAGCUGCGGCUCAGGCUGCCCGGCUCUGCUCCUUAUCCAGUAGGUGUGGCUGGAUUUCAUACCACCACUGGUUUGGCCAAGACUGAUUAUUAUGAGGUAUUAGGGAUCUCACGCAAAUCGACGCAGCGGGAGAUUAAAAAAGCCUAUUAUCAGCUUGCAAAGAAGUACCACCCAGACACAAACAAGGACGACCCAAAGGCAAAGGAGAAAUUUUCCCAGCUGGCAGAAGCUUAUGAGGUGUUGAGCGACGAGGUGAAGAGGAAGCAGUAUGACACGUACGGGGCGGCGGGCUUCGAUGCCGGCACGGCGCGAGGCCAGCAGUACUGGCAGGCGGGGCCCUCCGUCGAUCCAGAGGAACUGUUCCGCCGCAUCUUUGGGGAGUUCUCUGGGUCUCGGUUCACGGAUUUCAACAGCAUGUUUGACCAACCACAUGAGUACAUCAUGGAGCUGACCUUCACACAAGCUGCAAAGGGAGUGAACAAGGAGAUCUCAGUGAGCCUGGACGACACGUGCCACCGGUGUGAUGGCAAAGGGAACGAGCCGGGAACGAAGGUCCAGCACUGCCACUACUGCAACGGGACUGGCAUGGAAACGCUGAACACGGGUCCAUUUGUGAUGCGUUCCACAUGCCGGCGCUGUGGAGGCAAAGGCUCGGUCAUGACAACGCCCUGCAUCGUUUGCCGAGGUAGCGGGCAGAGCAAGCAGAAGAAGACUGUGAUGGUGCCCGUUCCAGCUGGGGUGGAGGACGGACAGACAGUACGCAUGCCGGUGGGGCGCAAGGAGAUCUUCAUCACCUUCAGGGUCCAGAGGAGCUCGACCUUCCGGCGGGACGGAGCGGACAUUCACUCCGACCUGCACAUAUCCAUCGCGCAGGCCGUUCUCGGAGGCACUGCCCGAGCUCAGGGGCUGCACGAGACCCUCAACAUCACGAUCCCUGCUGGGAUUCAGGUCGAUCAGAGGAUUCGACACGCUAGUAAAGGUAUCCCAAAGGUCAACAGUUACGGAUACGGAGAUCACUACAUCCACAUCAAGGUGAAAAUCCCCAAGAGGCUAUCGUCUAGGCAGAGCUCCCUGAUGGCAGCUUAUGCGGAGGAGGAGACAGAGGUGGAGGGCACAGUUAAUGGAAUCGUUAACACAGCUACAGGCACUGAAGCCCAGGCGAGGACUGAGACGGGGGAAAGACAGGCAGAGAAACCAGAGGCAGAGCCUGGGGAAAACAAGGAAGGAUUCCUGACCAAAUUAAAGCGCAUGUUAAGUUGAUGUGUCAGAGGAAAGCGUUCAAGUGGGAACUGAGCCAAGCUGGUGUGUGGAUGCACGACUGCCACUAACAGUGGAGCAAGGACUGCUGCAGGAACUCCUUGUCCAUGGAGCAUGACACGAGCUGGAGCCCUCAUUUUCCAAUACGAAAGCCAUUACAUUUUAUUUUAAUUUUUGAUUACUCUGUAUAGUGUCAAUAGCCAUGUAAAUAUAGUGAUAGAUCUAAUAUUUAAUCACAGCUGUUGCACUAUGAUUUGGACAAGAUAAAAUUGUGCUGCUAG